AUGAAGUUGCUCGUGCUAGUAUUUACGGUGGGUUAUAUAGCACACCUGAGCCUCGCCAACACCGACAUCAUUUCGCCAAAGUUCGGUGUGAUACCUCCAACGAUACCACCCCUUUCGCCACCAAGCGAUGUCAGUGAUAUUGAUAAGUGUGGAUGCCACGAGAUCAUUGCUAAACUGAAAAAGGUGAAAUCGCACAUAUUAACGCUCAUACUGAACCUGCGCAACAGGUAUGGAUCCGUGAAUAGCAACAUGAUUGACAUGAAGAAACACGUCAAGAGUGUGUCUUGGUACGUUGACCAAACAUCAGUGACUGGAGAGAACAUCGACGCACAGCUGUUUAACUCUUCUAUCGUGAUUGCAAACAUUAUGCAGUCGAUAAGAUAUCUUACCAUCGACCAGCAGAGACUGCUGACAAAGACCUUCCUCACUGAAUCCAUUCUUGAUCUGGAAAUACGCAAUGAGGAGAGCAAACCUCAACAGCCAGAAGACGACAUCGUCUACACGUCUUGUGACGAUGAGCGGAUUAUCCAGACUGGCACGUACUUGGUGCAGGAUGCAUUCGCCGAGCCCACCAAAGUGAUUUGCGUACUCGAUUAUGGACCGGGUGCAUACACUGUGAUCCAGAACCGUCUGGACGGCUCGACCGAUUUCUACCGAGGCUACAGCGACUACAGAUCUGGCUUCGGAAAUUUCGACGGUGGUGAUUACUGGCUGGGUCUGGACCGCAUCCACAAUAUGACCGCUUCCGGUGACUAUGAGUUAUGUAUCCACUUGGAGGACUUCGAGAAGAACGUAGCCACUGCUCGUUAUGAUAACUUCGAAAUUGGCUCUGGAAACGAUUUCUAUCCAAUCACCAAGUUGGAUGGGUACAGUGGUACUGCUGGUGACUCGUAUGGUUCCGUGGUCGGCGUACUGUUCAGUACGUACGAUCUGGAUCUGGACAAAAGUAAGAGCAAUUGUGCCGUCUCGAACCGAGGUGCUUGGUGGUACACUGACUGUGGCCAGAGCAACUUGAACGGUCUCUACCUGAAGGGCCUGUCUGGCAGCACCGCCGGCAUGUUUUGGGAGACUUUCCGUGGACCUAACUACAGUUUGAAGACAAGUCGAAUGAUGGUCAAGCGCAAGCAAAUGCCAACCACCACAGAAACUACAACCACUACCACAACCGUGGUUACCGAAACUACAGUCACGACAACAGAAUUGGGCACUGAAACUACACCAACUACUACUAGCAUGGGCACUGAAACUACACUCUCUACUACAGAAAUGGGCACAGAGUCAACAGUAUCAACAACAGCCAUGAGCACUGAAACUACCAAUGAGGUCACACAGCCUUCCGAAACCACCGUAACUUCAACAACUAUCUUUACAUCAACUUCAGCCUCAAAUGCUUCAUCUACAACAACUGCUGAAACGACUUCGACGACGAAUGCCGAAAGCACUUCUUCAUCAACCAUGAGUUCACAAACUAUGUCUACCGAAACUAGCACAAUGACAACCAUAGAUCCUGUAACUCCUGCAAUCGUCUACACAUCUUGCGACGAUGAGCGCAUUAUCCAGACUGGCACGUACUUGGUGCAGGAUGCAUUUGCCGAGCCCACCAAAGUGAUUUGCGUACUCGAUUUCCAGCCAGGCGCAUACACUGUGAUCCAAAACCGUCUGGACGGCUCUAUCGAUUUCUACCGGAACUACAGCGAGUAUAUAACUGGCUUCGGAAAUUUCGACGGUGGUGAAUAUUGGUUGGGUCUGGAUCGUAUCCACAGUAUGACCGCUUCCGGUGACUACGAGUUAUUUAUCCAGUUGGAGGACUUUGAAAGUAAUGCCACCACCGCUCUUUACGAUAGCUUCGAAGUUGGCUCUGGAAACGAGUUCUAUCCAAUCACCAAGUUGGGUGGAUAUAGUGGCACUGCUGGUGAUUCGUACGGAGUUGUGGUCGGUGUACUAUUCAGUGCGUCUGAUCUGGAUUUGGACAACGCUGAGGUCAACUGUGCCGUCUCGAACCGAGGUGCUUGGUGGUACACUGACUGUGGCCAGAGCAACUUGAACGGUCUCUACCUGAAUGGCACGUCUGGUACUACUUAUGGCAUGUUCUGGGAGACUUUCCGUGGACCUAACUACAGUUUGAAGACGAGUCGAAUGAUGGUCAAGCGCAAGUAAAUGCCAAGUACUACCGACACCACGACCAUUACAGCGCAUGAAACCACAACUGCAACUGCAGAGACCACUACAAUACUAGCUACUGAAAUAACACCCAUCAAUGAAAUGACCACCUCACCCACCGACACAUCCACACCGUUGUAA